AGCCAGGAAAACACACAGGGAAUAUGCUUCACAGUAACCCUAAUACUUACUUCCUAAUCCUUUUCUUUUCCAGUUCGUUUUGGAAGUGGAUAACUGCUCAGGUUGCAAGGCUAACAAGAGUGCUGAGAGCCCAGUUUGGGGGAGCCAUGGAAGAGUCUUCCCAACCUGAUAAAUCCCUGGAGCCGAACGCUCACUCCCGCUUUAUGAUUGGCUCUGUGUCAGAGGAUAACUCGGAGGAUGAGACGAGCUCCUUGGUCAAACUGGACCUGCUGGAGGAGAAAGAGAGGUCUUUGUCACCUGUGUCUGUCUGCUCGGACUCCCUUUCAGACCUAGGGCUUCCAAACACUCAGGAUGGCCUGACAAGCCAUAUGAGGCCCAGCAUGUCUGGUUUGCACCUUGUCAAGCAGGGCCGGGACAGGAAGAAGGUUGAUGUGCAGAGGGAUUUCACUGUUGCUUCUCCAGCAGAAUUUGUCACUCGGUUUGGAGGAAAUAAAGUUAUUGAAAAGGUGCUGAUAGCAAAUAAUGGCAUUGCAGCAGUGAAGUGCAUGAGGUCCAUCCGGCGCUGGUCCUACGAGAUGUUCAGGAAUGAAAGGGCCAUCAGAUUUGUUGUCAUGGUGACUCCUGAGGACCUGAAGGCCAAUGCAGAGUAUAUUAAAAUGGCAGAUCACUACGUGCCCGUUCCAGGGGGACCCAACAACAACAACUAUGCAAACGUGGAACUCAUCCUUGACAUUGCCAAGAGGAUUCCAGUGCAGGCUGUGUGGGCUGGCUGGGGCCAUGCAUCUGAGAACCCUAAACUGCCAGAACUCCUGCACAAAAACGGGAUUGCUUUCAUGGGUCCUCCAAGCCAAGCCAUGUGGGCCUUAGGAGAUAAAAUUGCUUCUUCCAUCGUGGCUCAGACCGCCGGCAUUCCGACCCUUCCUUGGAGUGGCAGUGGUCUCCGAGUGGACUGGCAGGAAAACGACCUCCAGAAGCGUAUCCUGAACGUUCCCCAGGAGCUCUACGAGAAGGGCUACGUGAAGGACGCGGACGACGGGCUGCGGGCUGCUGAGGAGGUUGGCUACCCUGUGAUGAUCAAGGCUUCUGAAGGAGGAGGAGGAAAAGGAAUCAGGAAAGUUAACAAUGCAGAUGACUUCCCCAGUCUGUUCAGACAGGUCCAGACUGAAGUGCCGGGCUCUCCCAUCUUUGUGAUGAGACUGGCCAAGCAGUCCAGGCACCUGGAGGUGCAGAUCCUGGCAGACCAGUAUGGCAAUGCCAUCUCCCUCUUCGGCCGGGACUGCUCCGUGCAGCGCAGGCACCAGAAGAUCAUCGAGGAGGCUCCUGCCUCUAUUGCAACUUCCACAGUGUUUGAGCACAUGGAGCAGUGUGCUGUGAAGCUUGCCAAAAUGGUGGGAUACGUGAGUGCAGGCACUGUGGAGUACCUGUACAGCCAGGAUGGCAGCUUCUACUUCCUGGAGCUCAACCCCCGCCUGCAAGUGGAGCAUCCCUGCACAGAGAUGGUGGCUGAUGUCAACCUGCCUGCAGCACAGCUCCAGAUUGCCAUGGGUGUCCCCCUCCACAGGAUCAAGGAUAUCCGGGUGAUGUAUGGUGUUUCUCCAUGGGGAGACACAACCAUUGAUUUUGAGAAUUCAGCCCAUGUCCCCAGUCCCCGUGGCCAUGUCAUCGCUGCACGGAUCACCAGUGAGAAUCCUGAUGAGGGAUUUAAGCCCAGUUCUGGAACAGUUCAGGAGCUGAAUUUCCGCAGCAAUAAGAACGUCUGGGGCUAUUUCAGUGUUGCUGCUGCAGGAGGGCUCCAUGAGUUUGCUGAUUCUCAGUUUGGUCACUGCUUCUCCUGGGGAGAAAAUCGUGAAGAAGCCAUUUCAAACAUGGUGGUGGCUUUGAAGGAGCUGUCCAUCCGAGGGGACUUCCGAACCACUGUGGAGUACUUGAUCAAGCUGCUGGAAACGGAGAGCUUCCAGCAGAACCGCAUCGACACGGGCUGGCUGGACCGGCUCAUCGCUGAGAAAGUGCAGGCUGAGAGGCCUGACACCAUGCUGGGAGUGGUGUGUGGGGCUCUGCACGUGGCUGACGUGAGCUUACGGAACAGCGUCUCCAACUUCCUGCACUCCCUGGAAAGGGGCCAAGUCUUGCCUGCUCAUACCCUGCUGAACACUGUGGACGUGGAACUCAUCUAUGAGGGAAAGAAGUAUGUGCUGAAGGUGACCCGGCAGUCUCCCAAUUCCUACGUGGUGAUCAUGAACAACUCCUGUGUGGAAGUGGAUGUGCACAGGCUGAGUGAUGGGGGACUGCUCCUCUCCUAUGAUGGCAGCAGCUACACCACCUACAUGAAAGAAGAAGUGGACAGGUACCGCAUCACUAUAGGGAACAAGACGUGUGUGUUUGAGAAGGAGAACGAUCCCUCCAUCCUGCGCUCGCCUUCGGCGGGGAAGCUGAUCCAGUACGUGGUGGAGGAUGGGGGACACGUGUUUGCAGGCCAGUGCUUUGCAGAAAUCGAGGUAAUGAAAAUGGUGAUGACGGUAUCAGCAGGGGAAUCAGGCUGCAUCCACUAUGUCAAACGGCCAGGGGCAGUCCUGGACCCAGGCUGUGUGAUUGCCAAGCUCCAGCUGGAUGAUCCCAGCAGGGUUCAGCAGGCUGAGCUGCACACGGGUACCCUGCCCCAGAUCCAGAGCACAGCACUCAGAGGGGAGAAACUCCAUCGCAUCUUCCAUUACGUGCUGGAUAACCUGGUCAAUGUGAUGAACGGGUACUGCCUGCCAGAGCCCUUCUUCAGCAGCAAGGUGAAAGGCUGGGUGGAGCGACUGAUGAAGACUCUGAGAGAUCCAUCUUUGCCUCUGCUGGAACUUCAGGACAUCAUGACCAGUGUGUCUGGGCGGAUCCCACCCAAUGUAGAGAAGUCCAUCAAGAAAGAGAUGGCCCAAUAUGCCAGCAACAUCACAUCAGUCCUCUGCCAGUUUCCCAGCCAACAGAUUGCCAAUAUCCUGGACAGCCACGCCGCCACCCUGAACCGCAAGUCGGAGCGGGAGGUUUUCUUCAUGAACACUCAGAGCAUUGUGCAGCUCGUGCAGAGGUACCGCAGUGGGAUCCGGGGCCACAUGAAGGCCGUGGUGAUGGAUCUGCUCCGUCAGUACCUGAAGGUGGAGACUCAGUUCCAGCACGGUCACUAUGACAAGUGUGUCUUCACCCUUCGGGAGGAGAACAAAAGCGACAUGAACGCGGUGUUGAACUACAUCUUCUCACACGCCCAGGUCACCAAGAAGAACCUGCUGGUUACAAUGCUCAUUGACCAACUCUGUGGCCGUGACCCCACCUUGACAGAUGAGCUGAUCAAUAUUCUGACAGAGCUGACCCAGCUCAGCAAGACGACCAACGCCAAGGUGGCCCUGCGGGCACGGCAGGUUCUCAUCGCUUCCCACCUGCCCUCCUACGAGCUGCGGCACAACCAGGUCGAGUCCAUCUUCCUGUCCGCCAUCGACAUGUACGGGCACCAGUUCUGCAUCGAGAACCUGCAGAAACUCAUUUUAUCCGAAACAUCCAUCUUUGAUGUGCUCCCCAACUUUUUCUACCACACUAACCAGGUGGUAAGAAUGGCAGCUUUGGAGGUGUAUGUUCGGAGGGCCUACAUUGCCUACGAGCUGAACAGUGUCCAGCACCGCCAGCUGAAGGACAACACCUGCGUGGUGGAGUUCCAGUUCAUGCUGCCCACCUCCCACCCCAACAGAGGGAACAUCCCCACGCUAAACAGAAUGUCCUUCUCCUCCAACCUCAACCACUAUGGGAUGGUCCACGUGGCCAGUGUGAGUGACGUGCUGCUGGACAACUCCUUCACCCCGCCGUGCCAGCGGAUGGGGGGCAUGGUCUCCUUCCGCACCUUCGAGGACUUCGUCAGGAUCUUUGAUGAAGUGAUGGGUUGUUUCUGCGACUCUCCCCCGCAGAGCCCCACGUUCCCCGAAGCUGGCCACGCUUCCCUCUACGAUGAGGACAAGACUGCCCGGGAGGAGCCCAUCCACAUCCUCAACGUUGCCAUUAAGACAGACAGCGACGUCGACGAUGACACGCUGGCUGCCAUGUUCAGGGAGUUCACACAGAGCAAGAAAUCAGUCCUGAUUGAUCACGGGAUUCGGAGGCUGACUUUCCUGGUAGCACAAAAGGACUUCAGGAAACAGGUCAACUAUGAGGUGGAUCAGAGAUUCCACAGGGAAUUCCCAAAGUUCUUCACGUUCCGUGCCCGGGAUAAGUUCGAGGAGGACCGGAUUUACCGUCACCUGGAGCCGGCUCUGGCUUUCCAGCUGGAGCUGAACCGCAUGCGGAACUUCGACCUCACUGCCAUCCCCUGUGCCAACCACAAAAUGCACCUGUACCUGGGGGCAGCCAAGGUGGAGGUGGGCACGGAGGUGACAGACUACAGGUUCUUCGUGAGGGCCAUCAUCAGGCACUCGGACCUGGUGACCAAGGAAGCCUCCUUUGAGUACCUGCAAAACGAGGGCGAGCGCCUGCUGCUGGAGGCCAUGGAUGAGCUGGAGGUGGCGUUCAACAACACCAACGUGCGCACCGACUGCAACCACAUCUUCCUCAACUUCGUGCCCACCGUCAUCAUGGACCCCUCCAAGAUCGAGGAGUCCGUGCGCUCCAUGGUGAUGCGCUACGGGAGCCGCCUCUGGAAGCUGCGCGUCCUCCAGGCCGAGCUGAAGAUCAACAUCCGCCUGACGCCCACGGGAAAGGCCAUUCCCAUCCGGCUCUUCCUGACCAACGAGUCGGGCUAUUACCUGGACAUCAGCCUGUACAAGGAGGUGACGGACUCCAGGACGGGACAGAUCAUGUUCCAGGCCUAUGGGGAUAAACAGGGACCACUCCACGGGAUGCUGAUCAAUACCCCCUACGUGACCAAAGACCUGCUGCAGUCCAAGAGGUUCCAGGCCCAGACUUUAGGGACGUCCUAUGUCUAUGACAUCCCCGAGAUGUUUCGGCAGUCUUUGAUUAAGCUCUGGAAUUCCAUGAAUGAACACGCCUUCCUGCCGCCGACGCCGCUGCCUCCGGACAUCCUGACGUACACGGAGCUGGUGCUGGAUGACCAGGGCCAGCUCGUGCACAUGAACAGGCUGCCAGGAGGAAACGAGGUUGGGAUGGUGGCCUGGAAGAUGACUCUGAAGACCCCGGAGUAUCCAGAGGGCCGGGAUAUCAUUGUCGUUGGCAAUGACAUCACCUACAAAAUAGGCUCUUUUGGGCCUCAGGAGGAUGUGCUGUUCCUCAGGGCCUCAGAGCUCGCCCGGGCACAGGGCAUCCCCAGGAUCUACGUGGCUGCCAACAGUGGAGCCAGGAUUGGUUUGGCUGAGGAGAUCCGGCACAUGUUCCACGUGGCUUGGGAAGACCCAGAUAACCCAUACAAGGGAUACAAAUACUUGUACCUGACUCCUCAAGACUACAAGAAGGUCAGCGCGCUGAACUCUGUUCACUGUGAGCACGUGGAGGAAAAUGGAGAGUCCAGGUACAAGAUAACGGAUAUUAUCGGCAAGGACGACGGUCUUGGAGUAGAGAACCUCAGAGGAUCUGGCAUGAUUGCUGGAGAAUCAUCUUUAGCCUAUGAAAGUGUUAUCACCAUCAGCCUGGUUACGUGUCGGGCAAUCGGGAUUGGGGCCUACAUUGUCCGGCUGGGCCAGAGGACCAUCCAGGUGGAGAACUCUCACAUCAUCCUGACUGGCUGUGGAGCCCUCAACAAAGUGCUUGGACGGGAAGUUUACACCUCCAACAACCAGCUGGGCGGGAUCCAGAUCAUGCACAACAACGGGGUGACACAUGACACGGUCUGUGAUGACUUUGAAGGAGUCUACACCAUCCUGCAGUGGCUUUCCUACAUGCCAAAGAAUAUACACAGCCCUGUGCCUAUCCUCAAAGCCAAGGAUCCUAUAGACAGAACCAUUGACUUUGUGCCCACCAAGGCUCCCUAUGACCCUCGCUGGAUGCUGGCUGGGCGCCCCAACCCGAAUCAGAAGGGGCAGUGGCUGAGUGGGUUCUUUGACAACGGUUCGUUCAUGGAGAUCAUGCAGCCUUGGGCACAGACAGUCGUGGUGGGGAGAGCAAGGCUGGGAGGAAUACCUGUAGGAGUAGUUGCCGUAGAAACAAGAACGGUGGAGCUCAGCAUUCCUGCUGAUCCUGCAAACCUGGACUCGGAGGCCAAGAUAAUCCAGCAGGCUGGUCAGGUGUGGUUCCCUGACUCUGCCUUCAAGACUGCAGAGGCCAUCAAGGACUUCAACAGGGAAGGGCUGCCCCUGAUGGUCUUUGCCAACUGGAGAGGUUUCUCUGGUGGAAUGAAAGACAUGUACGACCAGGUGCUCAAGUUCGGUGCCUACAUCGUGGACGGCCUGCGGGAGUACCGGCAGCCCGUGCUCAUCUACAUCCCCCCGCAGGGGGAGCUCCGGGGCGGCUCCUGGGUUGUCAUCGACCCCACCAUCAACCCGCGGCACAUGGAGAUGUACGCGGACCGCGAGAGCAGAGGGGGGAUCCUGGAGCCGGAGGGGACAGUGGAGAUCCGAUUCCGGCGGAAGGACCUGGUGAAGACGAUGCGACGAGUGGACCCUGUGUACAUCCGCCUGGCCGAGCGCCUCGGUACCCCCGAGCUGAGCCCAGCUGACAGGAAGGAGCUGGAGGCCAAGCUGAAGGAGCGGGAGGAGUUCCUGCUGCCCAUGUACCAGCAGGUGGCCGUGCAGUUCGCGGACCUGCACGACACGCCCGGGCGGAUGCAGGAGAAAGGGGCCAUCACUGAUGUUCUGGACUGGAAAACUUCCCGUACCUUCUUCUACUGGAGGCUGAGGCGGCUGCUCCUGGAGGACGUCGUGAAACAGAAGAUCCACGAUGCCAACCCUGAGCUGACAGACGGGCAGAUCCAGGCCAUGCUGAGGCGCUGGUUUGUGGAGGUUGAAGGGACAGUGAAGGCAUAUCUGUGGGACAGCAACAAGGACCUGGUGGAGUGGCUGGAGAAGCAGCUGACGGAGGAGGAGGGCGUUCGCUCGGUCGUGGAGGAGAACAUCAAAUACAUCUCGAGGGAUUAUGUCCUCAAGCAGAUCCGGAGCCUGGUCCAGGCCAAUCCGGAGGUUGCCAUGGAUUCCAUAGUGCACAUGACCCAGCAUAUAUCACCCACCCAGCGAGCCGAGGUCGUGCGGAUCCUCUCCACAAUGGACUCUCCUUCCUCGACGUAAGAGCAUCGAUUCCCCCGCGCUCCCCCUGCCCGGCGCCGCCGAGGAGAAAACCGGGAGCUCCCAACUGCCCUUUGUGUCUCGGCUGUGCCGCCACGGGGAGGCUCAGGGAAACGCUGCCAACAGGGACAGCUUUCUCUUUUCAGACCAGGCUGACCAGGGGAAGCGUGUCCCCUGGCCAGGGACAUGAGGGAAAUGUAUAAACACAAGCGCCUGCGGAACUGAGUCCCGGCUGUGCUGCUGUACCUUAUUUAUUGAACGACUGGAGCGGCGUCCGGGCGCCGUCGGCUCCGCCGGGCGAUGAAGGUGCUCCGGUACCGUGAGGCCUUGGCACGGCAGAGCAGGGGCUGUCGGGUGGCCCCCCGUGCCCCUGCCUGCCUUCCCCUCCCACCCCAGCUCCGCGCUGACAAGUGCCAAUGUCACCCCUGUCACCCGGGCGGGCUCUGCCUCGGGAGCGGGUGGGAGCCCCCCCCGGCAGCCUCUCGGCCCUGUCAGGGGUGAUUUGUGUGUCACACGUCUGUCUUGUUUCUUCAGUAGCAGAAAACCAGCCUUCAGCCGCUGUGGCCAGGGCUGUCCCUGUGCCCCCAGGAGGCUCCCGGGCUUCCCAGGGCUGCGAAGGUGGCGGGGCAGGAUUUUGGGCGCUGACCCUCCGCUCGCUUUGCCUUUGUGCCCAAUUCCUUUAGAACAGGUCAGUGAACUGUGAGGGGCCCUUCUGGGAGGAGGUAAAAGAAGAGACCAAAGUGCAGCUGCUCAGCGUUUUUGCUUUCCCUUCCCCGCUUGUUUUGAUGGAUAACAAUGUGGCAGCCCCACUGUGGGGACACUGGCUGUAAGUGCUCGUCCCUUUCCUAUCAAUAGCAGGAGGCUGAUCCAGCCAGCUGGGGUGAGAGGGGAGAAAGGACAGAGCCAAAUAUUCCAGUGGAGUUAGAACUGCAGAAGUAUCCAAGGAGCUUUUCUUCAUCUCCCCCCUCUGCUCUGGAGCUGGAACGGAGCUGCCUGUGCUGGGCUGGUCCUGGUGCAGGCUGGGGAGGGGAAGAAGGGACUGUCACUCACCUGGGAAGGUGGAAAUGUAAAACCAGCUGGGUUGGAUAAUCUCAGUCCAGUGGUCAGGAAUAAGUGUCUGGGAGGCAGGUAAGUGCAGUGCUGGGGUGGCAGCAGCCCAGGGCCCCCCAGGCUGACCCAGCCAAGGCCUCCCAGCUUCUUCCUACACUUUUUUUAUGUCCACGGGCCUCCUGAGUGUAAGAAAAGUUGCCUGUUACAGAACUCGGUCUGGGCAGGACCAGGCUCAUGCCAGUGAUGGUCUGGGAAGAAUUUCAGAUUUUGCAGUCCCUCCUCUAGUACAGCAGGAAUCAGAAGGGCUGUUUUUAUGAGAGAAUUAAUCAAUGAUGCUGCCAGUGCCUCUCACCUCUCCUUGUUUCCUUCUGAAGUGCAAUGCAGCCCUUCUGCCUUUGGGGCCAGUGACUGGAGGUGCCACAGGGGGGUCACAGCUCCCCUGCCCGUGGCCAGCGGAGCUCACCCACCUGAAGGACUCGCUUUUUCUUAAUAGUUAAGAACCCUAAUUUGAUUUAAAAGACUUUUAUUUUCCACUAGAGCCCCCUGAACAAGCCCCAAAGAUGCUUUUGCUUAUGCCAAGCUGGGCUGCAGCAGGACACACGGACAGAGAAUGUCUCAGCCAGGCAGGACCACUCAGAGGGUGACUCAUGGGGCUCCUCCUCCCUGUCACCAGGAAUUCCUACUGGUGGUGUCACCAGUCAGUCCCUUAUCCAGGACACCUGCAGGUGUCAGGGGAAGUGUCCCAGUGCCCACUGCCCCGAUCCCUUUGGAGCUGCUCUGCCAAGGCCUGUGCAGAGCAGCCCCCCUGUUUCAGUGUUCCAGCACUGGCUCAGGCUCCACUAAAUUUGGGGGUAAAGCAGCUCCAAAAAACCAGCUGUUGGGUAACAUCAGUGCUGGGCUGACAUCAGGGUCUGUCACCAGCCCUGGGGGUCCUGGGGGGGUCUGGACCUGCCAGAGCACCAUCACCUGUGCUGUCCCCAGGUCACCUGUGCUGUCCCCAGGUGUGUGGGUCGGUCACCGGGUGGGGAGACCCCCCCUUGGUCCAUAUGGUUCUCGCUGGUGCUGAAGUAUUUCACUUACCUCAAUUUCUUUUAAUAAAAAAGAAUGAAUUACAGCUCUGUUGCCAGGAGUGGAAUCUGUCACCCCCUGUCCUGGGCACCCUGGGGAAGCUCUGCUUUCCUUGGGGCAAGAACAGGGGAAAUGUUUAUGGGGAGGGUUUAUGUGGAACCCCUCAAGGUCUGGUGGGAGGAUGGAGCAGAAGCACCUCGGGGGCUUGGCCGUGCCCUUCACCUGAGCCCUUGGGCAGGUCCUGUUCCUCCUCCAUGAUUUACUGUCACCUUUAACAUCACAGUGACUGAGACAAACAGGGAAAAACUGAGCCCUGGCAGCUGCUGCUGAGGUGGUGGGAGAACUACAGGGACCCUCUCCCAGGGACAGUUGGACUUGAAGAUCUUAAAGAUCUUUUCCAACCUCAGUCAUUCUGUGACCUGCUCAGCAGGAGCCCAUGGGAAAAGACUCACAGGACCCUUGGCUGAAGGGUGUCCACUGGGAACCUGCUCAACAAACACCUUUUGGGAGGUCCCCACACUAAAGGUGAGAUGUUAAAUUUGCCCACAUGAGUGAACACAACUCCAGCAGUUCGUUUUUCAUGCAUUUCUCAAACCAGAAUCCUGAUAGUUAAAUAGGGGGUGGUGAGGGGACAGACCCUGCUGAACUCCAGAAUCACAUUUAAAACUCUUUAGCCUAAAAUAUCUACAUAUUAAAAUGCCAAGGAAAGACGUACCAGAGCUGUAAGCUCUCCAAAGCCCAAGAUCAAAGUGCCAUCAUCUUUUAAUGUAAACCUUUUGUUGCAUCAACAGUCUUAAGAGGGAUGAGAGACAUCAAAAUAAAAACUGAGACAAA